AUGCCUGAUGUUCACUUUGCAUGUCAGCUGCAGUACUGGAGACUUUACCUGCUGUCGCUGGUGCUGGGAAUCGGGGGAUGUUUUCAAUUUGGGAUCCAAGCGUCUGUCGUCGCUUCUUCGGCAGUGCACAUUCAGAGUUUUGUGAACUACACAUGGAUGGUGAGGUACAACACUCCAGUCCACAAGUCUACCAACCAGCUCAUCUGGUCCUUCUUUGUGGCUGUUUUAAGUUUGGGAUGCUGGGCUGGGGCUGUUCACAGUGGAAGCCUUCCUGUCACCUAUGGCCGAAAGAAAGCCCUGCUGUUUAACAACGUCGUGGCAAUCAUCGCUGCAUUGCUCAUGGUCUUCAGUCGCACAGCAAAAUCUUUUGAGAUGAUCUUGCUGGGAAGAUUUCUCUGUGGAUAUAAUAAUGGUCUCGGCCUGAGCGUUCACCUCAUGUAUCUCGGUGAGAGCUCUCCAAAGAAACUCAGGGGUUUCUUGACUCUGACGAGCUCAAUUUUCAUUGGCUUGGGGAAAGUCGUGGGUCAGAUAAUUGGCAUCAAGGAGAUCAUGGGAACAGAUGAAAUGUGGCCAUAUCUCUUAGGUGUUAGUGGUAUUCCUGCCAUCUUGCAGUUUGUGAUGCUGCUCUUCUUUCCAGAGGCACCUCGGUACCUUUACAUUGAUAAAGGAGACACUGAAAGGUGCAAAAAAGCUUUACAGUGGCUGUGGCAGGAGGACAACUUAAAGAUGGAGUUGGACGACAUGCAGUUGGAGCGGGAGAGGUCUCAGGGAGAAAAGGCAAAGACUGUAAAGGAUCUGCUCACCUCUCGCUGUGUGCGAUGGCAACUGCUGACUCUAGCCAUCCCCUGUGCUGGCAUUCAGUUUUGCGGCAUCAAUGCUCUGUGCUUCUACGCCUUUGACAUCUUCCGUGAGUCUGGAGUGCCAGAGGACAAGAUGCAUUACUUGGCCAUUGGUAUUGGAGCAACAGAGCUCAUCGCUAUAACGUUGUGUUCCUUCUUGAUUGAUCGUGUUGGCAGAAAGAAACUUUUGGGCUAUGGCUAUCUACUGAUGGGUAUCACCAUGUGUGUUCUUACCGUCAUGUUGUCAUUCAAGGAUCUGAAUUCAUGGAUCCCGUAUGUGAACAUCGCUCUGAUCUUUUGUGUCAUUUGCAUUUAUGGGCUUGGGCCUUCUGGAGUGUCUAUGGUUCUCUGUGCUGACCUCUUCCUACAAGUCUGGCGUCCUUCUGCUUACGUGGUUUGUGGGACCAUCUCCUGGCUCUGCAUGUUUGUUGUAGGGAUGCUGUUUGGCUAUAUUGUGGAUGGACUUGGCCAAUUCUGCUUCCUGAUUUUUGUGGCUUACUCACUUGGUAGUGGAGCAUUUAUUAUAUAUUUUGUCCCAGAGACCAAAGGAAAGACAAUGGUAGAGAUCAUGGAGGACUUCAACAAACUGAAUUACAAGAACAGGACAGGUGAUAUUAAAAACACUGAUGUUGGUCUUGAAACUAAAUUUUAA